AUGGCGGCACCGGCAACAACCACAAUGAAAGACUUGACGGGGAAGUUCUGGAUGAACAAGACCCUUUCGGACGACACUGAUGAUGUUCUCACAUUGCAAGGCAUUAGCUGGUGGACUCGUAAGGGCAUCGCUCUUGCGAAUCUGUGUCUUGAUAUUAAACACUACCGAGACGACGAUGGUGUCGAGCACAUCGACAUCGUUCAGACUCUUACUGGUGGUAUUCAGGGCACCACUGAGCUCAGGACCCUAGACUGGACGGAGCGGGAGCAUGAGGACCACAUCUUCGGAAAACUCAGAGGGAAGAGCAGGCGCGUAAAGCCAUCAGGGCUGGAUGAUGACUUCCUGAAGAAAAACUUCUUGCCUGAAGUUGAGACGGAUUGCGCUGUCGAAAGCUAUGUCGUUAAUGAUGCGAAUAAGUGGACUGCGCAGCAGAUCUGGGGAUUUGAGACUAUCAACGAUAUUAGAUACUACGUCCGCCAUCUCAAGUUCACAAAGAAUGAUACCGACAAGGCUCUAUUAUGA